CCUAAACAAAGGCUUACAACAUUCUGUGCCGUCGAAGAAAGCGGACGUGUAAAGUGAAAAGUGCGAAAUUUUGGCUCUCUUCCCCAAGUAAAGGAAAAAAUACACUACCAGCAGCAGCAGCAUUGCAAGAGAAGUGCAAGUGCUUCAGAAUAAAAGGCAAUAUUAAAUUGGUGAUAAAAGACGAAUUGUGUGAUUGCGAAUUUCGGAAAGUAUAAAAACCAGUGUUAUAAAGUUAUAACAGACCACAGGAAAAAGGAGCUGUUAGUUGCAACUGAAACUUGGGCAUAGUGCAAGUGUUUAGUGCUAGUGACAAUCACUUGAACGGAAUAAGUUAUAUACACGCAGUAAAUAUGGGAGAUACAGGAAUACUACUGUCGCCGCCAGCAACGCCACCACUAGACACCGGUAGAGACACUAAGACUUCCAACGAGGUGAAGCAAGCGCUCAAACGCAAAUUGGAACAACACCAGGCCCCGCGUGUCCCUGAAAUGCAGACCAAAGGCUUCGCAACACCCAACCAUUCGGAUCUGUCGGAGGAUGAAUCUGACCUGCCGCCGCGGAAGCGUCUCUACGUGCGCGACCCGGUUCAGCUUGAGCAACACUAUCACCACAAUCUGUCCACAUCGAUGACACCACCACCGUCGGAUUUUUCCGGCUCGGAAGACGAGAACACCAAAUCGUCCGAAGAUGCACAGUCGGUGGCACCUCAACGUGAAAGUGUUAUUAUGCGGAUCAACAAGGACGGGUCCUGUACGGCCGCUAGCGAAGCCAAAGAGGAUGAAAACAACCUGAACGUGUUUCGUUGCGUCAAAUACAAAAUGGGCCGUCGAUCUCCGUUCGAGAAGCGACCGGAACCGACCGAGUCUCCCGCUAGGUUCGAAGUCACGCACCAACAGACCGACAGUGAUUUCGCCGAGCGCGUUGGCACGCGAGAACCCAUGCCAACCGGUGCCCCAAGCCGAGUAUUAGAGCAAAGCCAGAAGUAUGUACCUGUCGCUACUCAAGCCGUCAUUCCUCCAGUUCCGAAAGCUAACCCAUCAUCAGUCAAACCGCAAACCUCGCUCCCUGUCAUCGCACCAAAAAUCCCCCAAAUCAUCCUUGCCACCCAGAACGGUUUCAUCCUGGUGCCGCCACAAAUCUCACAGAACCUUCUGGCCACCGGCAACGGUAAAGCUAUUCUGGUCCCGCAACCCGCGAACGCUUGCGCUCAACCUUCACUGCCUGCCGCUGGUGCAGCAGCACCCCAGAAACCGGAACGCCGACGAAUCUACGAGUGCGAGCAUCCGAACUGCGGCAAAAACUACUUCAAAUCAAGUCACCUUAAGGCCCACCAGCGCAUCCACACGGGCGAGCGUCCGUUCAUGUGCAAGUGGUCCGACUGUGGUCGCCGGUUUUCCCGAUCCGACGAACUGUCCCGUCACAAGCGUACUCACACCGGCGAGAAGAAAUUCGUCUGCCCCGUCUGUCAGCGACGUUUCAUGCGAUCGGAUCAUCUGUCCAAGCACGUCAAACGUCACAACAAGGACAAGAGUCAGAAGGGUCAGCAGCAGCAACAGCAACAGCCCCAGGUUGAUCUAGUACGUUCGCUUUACCCGGUCCCGCUGUACCAGCAGGACACCGUUCCGGUACAGUUCGUCACGGCUGCAGCGCCUACUGAGAUUCGCGUACAACCAAUCUACUAAGUUUUACUACUGCAGACUUCUGUACGUAUGUUUGAUCUAAAAACAAACAAACAAAAAAACUCUUGUACAUAGCUGGAACUGACUAGAUUUUAGACUAUUCGCAUUGUCUGCUGUUAAUCUGACAAUCUAUUAUUUGUGGUGUCCCUUCAAAACUUUCCGCAGAUGUUCAUUCCAAGUCAAUACAAGAAUACAAAUAUCCUAUCCAAUUAACGCUCGAAGGAAAAGGGUUACAGGAGAAAGUUGUGUAUCAAAGUGUUUUAAUCUUAAAAUGUUAAUUACUUGUGCGCGUAGGGACUUGCACAAACUUAUGUUAUCUGCUUGCGGUGAUCAAGCUUUCUUUUUAAUAUACAUACACAUACAAUACAUCUGUGAUCGUUUUAAAGUUACAUUAAAUAUAAGAAAGAAAAGAACUUCAACUGAAUGUGUAAACUUUUAGUAACUUAUUUGAAGCGUAAGGGAGUUUUUAAGUUCUAAGUUCACCUGUUUGUUCAAACUGAACUGUUUAAAUAUAAUUGUUUUCUUGUUUGUAUUGUAUAUAAGGUUGGAAAUCUUGAAGGAAAGAAAGAAUUAAAGAAAAUACAAAACUAUCACUUACACAAACUGAAA